AUGCCCCUCCCUGCUGACCUCCUGCGCGAAAAGAUAGAGCGCAUCCCCAACCCUCCUAUCGGACACGUCGCCGCCAACUCGUUCAUCCCCCCCGCCCAGCCCGUCACUGACGGCAAGCAACUGCCCACCUCCAACCCCCUCCCCAUUCUGCCUGCUGUCGAGGCCGCCAAGCGUCUCGCAGCCUAUGCUGCCGUCGAUCGCCAUGUCAUCGGUGUCGGAUCAGGCUCUACAGUUCCCUACGUCGUCGACCGCAUCCUCGCCCAGGGCUUUGAGGUCAACAAGGACCGUGUCUUUUUGCCCACUGGCUUCCAGUCCAAAGAGCUCAUUGUCAAGGCUGGCUUGACCCUUGGUGAUGUUGACCAGUACGCCAGGAUCGAUGUGACCAUUGACGGUGCCGACGAGGUCGACAACGAGCUCAACUCUAUCAAGGGUGGAGGUGCUUGCCAGCUCCGUGAAAAAGUGCUCGCCGAAGCCGCCGACACCUGGGUCAUUGUCGCCGACUACCGUAAAAACUCGGAAACCCUCGGAACCGAGUGGACCAAGGGUAUCCCUAUAGAAGUCGUCCCUUUUGCCUACGCCAAGGUCCUUACGAAUUUGGCCAACAUGGGCUCGCCCCAUGUGCUGGCAAACGGCGAGCCCGGCUUGACGCUCAGGAUGGGCAAGAUGAAGGCCGGACCGGUCGUCAGUGACAAUGGCAACUUUAUCAUCGAUGCCCCCUUCUCGUCAGAGGAAAUGUCCGAGCCUGAAAGCCUCUUGCACAGGAUUAAAAUGUUGACUGGUGUCGUCGAAGUCGGUCUUUUCUGUGGUAUGGCCCGAGCUGCCUACUUUGGUAACGAAGACGGAUCAGUCAGUGUUCGAUCCAACGACGGCUCCGUCACCCGUCUUGGCUCGUCUGGUACCAGCACCCCUUCGGCCGAGCUCAUACCUAUUAUCGAGAGGGAGGCGAGAGCAAAGGCCGAGGCGAACAGGCAGAGCGUCGCCAAGGCCAACGCCGUCUAA